AGGAAAUCGAUUGAAAAUAAUUCACUUCCUUUCGAGAAAGAGAUAUUGGAAAACAUGGAGCCUAGUAUAGUGAAAGAAUUUCUUAAAACAUGUUUACCUGGAUAUCAUAGAGAAAUAGAGGAUCUCUUCAGUCCCACCCAUGCUCGGAAACAGACUGCAAAGGCCAUUCUGUUAUUUCUAAGUGGAAAGAAACGUAAAGUUUUUAAGAAUACAAUGAACUGUGUGAUAGAUAUGUACAGAAGCAAGGAAAUCCCUACUUGUGAUUCUGCAAUGGCUGAGGAAAAUGGCUUAUUUGAGAACACUGAAAUGUUGUUAGAUGACAUUGAUUCCAGCAUUAUCAACGACACCUUUGAGAAAAUUGGAGAUGUGCCUUUUGAUAUAGUGCAGAAAUGUAGUCCAGGAUCUGGACGAAAAAGAAAAGAAAGGGCAAAAACGUUCUAUGAUUUUGUCAAUCUAAAUAAAGAACAUCUUCAAAUUUUCAAAAAUAUUUUGCAAAGUAAUGCUGAUUAAUAGAAGGAUUGUGAAAUUCUGUAAAUCAGCGUGGUGCUGUUUAUAACGAUAUUUGGAUAUAAUUUAUACGUGUUAUUGACUCACACUGUGAUAUAUAACUUUUACUCAUUUACUAUUGUUGAUAUCUAAUUGAUAAUGCCAGGUGAUU